AGCCCUGCGCAUCGCUAUUCUUCAACAGCGCCCGAGUCGAAUUCGUCGAAUUGAGGACGUGCCGCGUGAGGUUGGAAGGCAGAUAACGGCGUUUGACUACUCAUUUGUAGUUUCUUAUCUAUAUUUCCCUGGUUACACUUUUGGAUUGGAAGUGAUUAAACCUCCCUCCGACAUGAGUCAAAAGGCAGACCAGUACAAAGCGUUGGGAAAUAACUGCAUAAAAAAUCAAGAUUUUACCGGCGCAGUUAAAAACUACUCCCUUGGUUUAAAAUUAGAUCCUGAGAACCCCAUUCUUUAUUGCAAUAUGGCUCAGGCUCACCUGAACAUGAGGGACUUUGUAGAGGCUGAAAAGUGUGCCAAGAAAGCCAUUGAACACCGCAGUGAUUAUGUAAAGGCCUACUACAGAGCUGCCAAAGGUGCCUUGGGUCGUCAUAGUGUGUAUGAUUCCAUGAUGUUUCUGGCACAGGGGGUACAAAAUUGUAUUGCGCAAGAUGUGGAGGAGCUGUUUCUAAUGGCCAAAGAACUGAGUCCAGAAUUUGAAAACGCCCUAAGAAGCUUUCGUGAUAAGGAAAAGUCUCAAGCUAACAAAAAGAAAGGAAGUGCAUCUGAACCGAAAGAAGGUGAGGCUAGUAACUCUAAGUCGUCUAAGAAGGGUGGUAAGUCACUGAAAUCUAGCAUUAUGGGUUCUGGUGGUGAAAAAGAGUCCAAAGCUGGCCUUGCAGAGCAGGAUAAAAUACAAGAUGAAGUUAAUGAUAUUCAGAAAAAACUUAAAAAUCAUCAAGAGAAACACAAAAAACUUGAGGAAGAACUUGAACGUGACACACGUGAAAAGCGGAGAAAGCUUGAAGAAGAAGAAGAGCUCCUUAAAAAUAAACUGCGGGAGUUGGAGGAGAAGAAAGAGAGAGACAAAAAAGCUCAAGAGCUGAAUGAGAGAGAAAGGGAAAGGUUGGCUGAAGAGCAGAGAGAGCGGGAUAGGAAGGAUCGGGAAAGAAAAGCGCAAGAAUUGAAGGAACUUGAAAAGAAGGAAAGUGAAGAGAAAGCCAGGCAGGCAGCACAAGAAAAGCGUGAUCAAGAACUUAAAGAACAAAAGAAGAAAGACCUUGAAAAAAAAGAAAGAGACAAAAAAGAACGAGAGAGAAAAGAAGCUCAGCGGAAACUAGAUUUGGAAAAGAAGGCUCAGGAACUGGAAAGGCUUAAAACUGAAUUACAAAAUCAAAUGAAAGAAGGCUCCCUUGCCUUAUUAAAGGGCCUUCAUAGAAAAGCUAUUGAUAGCUUCAGCAAAGCUUUUGAUUCUAUUAAUUCCAACCCAUCACCAAAGAAUCUUGGUAUUCAUGAUCCUAUGGAUAUUGUUAUUUUACAUUUUGCAUUUGCUCAAGCUCGUAUUUAUUCUGAUGAGUACAGUGAUAUUAUUAAGGCUGUACAGCAGCUAGAAAAAAUGGAAAAAGAAGGUUUGCAUAGGAAACUACCUGCUAUUUUUCUACUGCUUGGAAAGGCAUUUAUUAGACUAAAUAGAUAUAGCCAUGCAUUGUAUCCCCUGCAGAGAGGAUUAUCUUUUAUUGAAAGAGGUACUUCUUUUUCCAAUUUUGCCUGGCCAGGAACAAAUGAAGUCAUUGAACUUACAGAUAAAAAUUGUCUCCAGGAUGCUCUUCAGAGCAGUGUUCAAACAUGUAAACAGUAUCAUAAACCUGAUGCUAUUUGCUUUUAUGAAAACUGUUUGAGUUUUAAUAAUCAACAUAUUUUGCCAUCUCAAAACAUAUUUUUUAGUGAUCCUGAUUUUGUUGGAUUCAUUCAUAUUAUUUGCCAACAACUCUGCCAUAUAUACUUUCAUUUGCCAUGCUGGAAAGAUUUUAAAGAAAAAAUGUCUGAAGUGCAAAAAUUAAAUGAGAAAGACUUUUUAGGACGAGAUUGUUUGACUCCAGACUGCAUGAUCCAGAAUGAUAAACCUGCCAUUAUAGUUAAAGUUAUUACUAUUGGUCCAGAUGGUGAGGAAAAAUCAUCUUGUGAAUGCACACCGCCCCCACUCACACCAUCAGUUUUAGCAAAAGAAAGAGAGGAUAUUGAUAAAAGUCCGAAGAAAAAGCAAAGGAAGAAGCAGCGUGCUAAUUCUACUACGUCUAAGGUUUGUGUGCUACUUUCAUUAAAAAUUAAAAUUAGAUGGGUGGAAGAGCGCAAUUCUCAGUAACAAUAUCACGUCUAAUCUCAUACAAGUAGAACAAGAGAGGGAUGGAGGGCUAAUCCCUAUAGUAUUUGCAUAGCAGUAAUCCAAAAGUGAACCCUGACAUUCAGUAGUUUUGACCUGGUGUGUGAAGGUGGUGUAUUAAUUGACAUGUAUUUAAGUGUAUUUAAAGCGCACCCCAUUUUUGGAGCCUUAAAAUCGUGAGAAGACAUUUGAAUAUGAAUUUGAGCCAUGCUGGGGUCCUGAACUCCUAGAUCCAAACCAGCAGAUAAAUGGUCUUAGCGACUAAGUCGCUCAGGUCAUUCAGUUUUUCAUGUUCAGUCCCGUCUGGUUAUGUUUUCCCUUUCCCAGACAUGACAGACACAGCGAUUUUAGCAACCCUAGUCGAUUUUCCACUCUUCUAAAUGCUUCCUCUUUUGGUCAAAAAUUUAACUUUGGUGCAAAUGUAAGCGGCACACAAUUAUUUUGUUCACCCAACUGUUCAAGCUCCGAAAAUCAGAAAAAAGGUGCGCCUUAAACCACAUUUAUUCCAGUAUGUGAAAGAAGCUUUGCACUUACACUUACAUUGCACCUGGAAGGCAUCAUCCUUCUCAAAA